AUGUCUGAACUUGUUGACCGCAGAAGCCGUCACCAGGGAGCAGGGCUUCACAAGUGUGAGGAGUGUGGGAGAAGGUUCACAUACAAGUCCAACCUCACUGAGCACUGGAGAGUGCACACAGGAGAGAGGCCCUACGAGUGGGGGCAUGGAGAAAGGCCUUAUGAGUGCGGUGAGUAUGGGAAGUUCUUUAGACAGUUCUGUAACUUCAUCCGACACCAGAGUAUUCAUACUGGAGAUAGACCUUAUGAAUGCAGUGAAUGUGGGAAAUCUUUUAGCUGCAAAUUUAUCCUCAUUCAACAUCAAGUCCACACUAGAGAAAGGCCUUAUGAGUGUGAGGAAUGUGGAAAUUCCUUUACCCGGAAAUCUGACCUCGUUCAGCACCAGAGAAUUCACACUGAAAGAUCGUACGAGUGUGGGGAAUGUGGGAAGUCUUUUAGACAAUGCUCUGGCCUCAUUCAGCACCGCAGAGUCCACACUGGAGAAAGGCCUUACGAGUGUGGGGAAUGCAGAAAAGCCUUUAGCCAGAGUGCUUGUCUUACUCAACACCAGCGAGUGCACACAGGAGAGAGACCUUAUAUAUGCAAGGAAUGUGGGAAAUCCUUAAGCCAGAGCUCCAGCCUAGUUCAGCACCAGAGAGGUCACACUAGAGAAAGGUCUUAUGAGUGCAGUGUGUGUGGGAAACCUUUUACUCACAGAUCUGACCUCCUUCAGCACCAAAGAGUCCACACUGGAAAAAGGCCUUAUAGAUGCAGUGAAUGUGAGAAAUCCUUUAGCCGAAAAUCUAACCUCAUUUGCCACCAGAGAGUUCACACUUGAGAACAAUCUAUAGCCCUUUGCUGUGAUGUACUGAACCACAGUGUUAUUGGUCACUAGGAUAAAAACAAGGACCCUAUAGUAAAAUAGAAUGUGCCCUAAAAAUGUAUCCACAAGUGUUCACUGGUAAUGGCCAUGGGAUCAGUGUAAACAAAUUCUGAGCUACUUAAGGAGGCUAAGUUCAAGCCCUGUAACAAAUUCUGAGGCUCUCCGGAGCCACUUCCUGAAGCUGUGCUUUUGUGAGGAAACAAUGGAAAGGUUUUGCAGAUUCCUAUAUCCACUCUGGUCUGUUCAUCCAUUGGCCAGUGCUCUAUAGGCAGCAAACUAGAACAGAAAAAUGGUUGUGUGGUCUAGAGAUGUGGCUUUUGUGGCCCAGUCAGAAAUCCUGCUGUAAAAGUGGUAAUAGCCUAAAUUGCUUUCCAGUAAUUGAUGCUGCUGACUUGGGCUUUUCCAAAAAAAGCAGGACACCCAGGCCACUUCUUAAAAGCUUCUGUUAAA